AUGAGUCAUAGUACUCCUGCUGUUGAUCCUCCUUUUCAACAAAUGGCUGAUUUAUUUCGUCACAUAGCUAGAAGAAUGCCCGACCCUAAUGAAAUAAACUUUGAGAAAAUGAGAAAAAUGAGGGGAGUUGAGUUUGAAGGCACUAUUGAUCCUACGGAUGUCGAGCAGUGGUUGGAGUGCAUGGAAAGAGUAUUUGAGCAAUUAGAGUGUUCAGACGCUACCAAAUUUAAGCAUGUUGUCUCACUGUUACAAAAAGAUGCCUAUGACUGGUGGGUAAGUGUACCGAAUGCCAAGGAAAAACCUCCUGUUCUUACUAGGAAUGAUUUUGUCAAAGAAUUUCAUAUGAAAGGUUCAUCAAAAAGGGGAAGGUUUGAUAAUUCCAAAGCUGUUAGUGUUCACAAGUCAGCCCGGCAUAAGCAAAAUAGAUCAAAUUUCUCUACUGCUAGCACUCCAAGCUAUGGCCAAGGAAAGACUCGUGUACCCACUUGUGCACAAUAUGGAAAGAAUCACUCUGGUACUUGUAGGAGAGCUUCUGGUGCUUUUUUUAAUUGUGGGAGCUUCGAUCAUAAAGUGAAGGAUUGUCCUAAUCCUAACCUUAUUUCUUCUCCACGUACAGAAGGCUCAGUUCAAAAACCUAUUACCAGUCCUUCUCAAGGUAAUAGAGGUGCCAGAUCUAGAAACAUGCAAGCAACAAGUGCAGAUGGAGCUAAUCAAGCUAGUAGGUCAAGAGAUACAGCACAAGCUUAUGCUAUGAGACAGAGGGAUGACCAAGAUAAGGCGGAUGGGGUUGUUGGUUUUCCUAAAAAUGUGAAAUCUGUGAGACUUGAUUGUGGUGUGUUUGUCCAAAGUCCUUUGGGUCAACAUGUUAUUUGUAAUCAAAUCUAUCGAGAUUGUCCCUUGGUGAUUCAAAAUCUAGUCUUACCUGCUAAUUUUAUUGAAAUGCCUUUCCAAGACUAUGGUGUCAUCGUCGGUAUGGAUUGGCCUUAUAGAUACCAUGUAGUAGUGGAUUGUAGGUCAAAGCAUGUGACCUUUAGAGCUCCUUCAUUUUCACACAUCAUUGUUCAAGGUGAAAGAUCAUUGACAUCUAAUAUUAUCUCUGUGGUUGUGGCAAGAAAGAUGGUUAGUAAGGGUUAUGAAGCUUAUCUUGCUCAUAUAUUUGAUACACACAUGGAAAGUCCAGGCCUUAAAGAUAUACCAGUUGUAUGUGAAUUUCCCUGA